UUUCACACCUGGUGAGGAGAGAGCUUAGGAGGGAGGGAGGCCAUGAAUGAGUGUGUGAUCUCUCCCAGGCCUCUAUUACAGCUGCUGGGGAGGGGUGUGCACCAGGAGAACAAUGCUCCUCCCUGCUGCCUGUGCUUACAGCUGGACUUCCCCCUAGUAGAGGAGGCAGAGACAGGCAGCACCAGAUCUAGAAGCACACGCACUCUGUGACUUGGAGGGUCUCCUCCUCCUCCUUCUCUGGGGUCCCUUGGGAUACAAUCUACACCCUCUGUGGACUAUUUACUAGGAGGCUCACUUUUGGCUUUGUGUAUUUUGGACUGGAUCCUGUUUCUUGAGAUCCAAUGACUGAGUUUGAAAUCCGAAACAUGGAUCAGGUGGCUCCAGUUUACAACAUGCACCGAGGAAUCCUGAAGCGGCAGCUGGCAUUUGACAACGUAAAUCUGUCGACGUCAAUCGCUGGAUUGUACUCUGCGUAUGAUGCCUAUGAAGAAGAGCAGGCGGUGCCUACAGGGUUGGACUCCUUAUCUCAUGAUUCUGGCAGCUGUGAAUUGCCUCUCCUGACCCCGUGCAGCAAAGCAGUGAUGAGUCAGGCGUUGAAGGCCACAUUUAAUGGAUUCAGAAAGGAACAGCGGCGCUUUGGUAUUCCCAACAAUCCAUGUUUGUGGGGUCAGACUCAAGUGUGCCAGUGGCUUGCAUGGGCCGUCGCUGAAUUUUCCUUGGAGAAUGUAAACUUUCAGAAAUUUAUUAUGAGUGGUCAAGAAUUGUGCAACUUGGGAAAAGAAAGAUUUCUAGAACUGGCCCCGGACUUCGUGGGUGAUAUUCUGUGGGAGCAUCUGGAACAAAUGAUGAAAGAACAAGAUAAGGUUCAGGAUCAAUAUAUCGACAGCUCCAGUCAUCACACCGGCCACCAGUGGAUACGCAAUGACUCAUUAAGCUUCAAUAUGGAGCCUCUGCAUUGUGUAUCUCAAGUGCAGACUUACCCUAAAACAGAAAUGUACAGUGACCUGUGUCCAGUUACCCAAGUCACAAAUCUCCUACCAGUAAAGCAGGAGUUCCAGAGUUAUUCCUGCAUGAAAUCCAUGGGAAAUAAUUAUUCCUCUCUGAACCAGAACUAUGGUCAAAGCAACAUGAAUGUUUUACUAAGCUCUCUUAGUUCUGGUAAAUCCAUGGACAGGGACUCUGUAGACAGUGGCACAGAAAGCUUUGAAAGCUCAGAUUCCCUACUACAGUCAUGGACGAGCCAGUCCUCACUGGUUGACAUGCAACGUGUUCCAUCCUAUGAAAGCUUUGAGGACGAUGCCAGCCAGUCACUAUGUUUAAACAAGCCGUCAAUGUCUUUCAAAGACUAUAUUCAAGACCGAAAUGAUCCAGUGGAACAGGGCAAACCAGUUAUCCCAGCAGCUAUUCUUGCUGGGUUUACAGGGAGUGGACCAAUUCAGCUUUGGCAGUUCUUGUUAGAAUUGUUGACCGACAAGUCAUGUCAGCCCUUUAUCAGCUGGACCGGGGAUGGAUGGGAGUUCAAGCUCACUGACCCAGACGAGGUUGCUCGCCGAUGGGGAAAAAGGAAAAAUAAACCUAAAAUGAACUACGAGAAGCUGAGUAGAGGACUGAGAUACUAUUAUGAUAAGAACAUUAUUCACAAGACCUCAGGAAAACGUUAUGUGUAUCGGUUUGUGUGUGACCUCCAUAAUUUGCUGGGGUACACGGCAGAGGAACUGCAUGCCAUGCUCGGCGUUCAGCCUGACACGGAUGAAUGAACCAACAACCAUAUCCAAAGCACACAACUGUACUGUGAAUAUAAUGGGGUGAGGGAGAAAACCCUGACUCUUUUCGGUCACUGAGGGACUGUGAAGGCCGAAAUUAUGGAGGAGUCUGAGAGGCAACGCGUUUUGAGACCUUUCUAGGAAGUGGUUUGGUGUUGUACUUUCUUGACUCUGUGCAUCAGGUGACACUUAAGGGCCUGAAGAAUAUUGCACCAGAAAUACAUUUUAUUAGAUUUUUUUUUGUGUGUAAAAUAUUCCAUGUUUCAACACUGAGGGGAAAGGGAGAAAAAAGGACUCGAAUCUUCAAACAGACGGAGAAAAUGACGGCACAUCAGAAUCUUAUUUUUGUCAUUUGUGCUGAAAACAGUGUCUCAGAGACUGCACUUUAACGUCAUGCUGCCUGAGUCCACAAGUUUUAUGUUACCUUGUAGUUGUUUUUUUUUAUUAUUUUUUUUUUUCUCAGACCAUUUCAAGUGCAUGUAAAUAAUUUUAUCAAGAUUUUUCAUAUUUGCAUAAUUAUUUGUUCCAGAAGGGAUGUAAAUAUUAUUUGAAAUUCAGAUGCUUUACUUUUUUUAAUGGCACAUAACUCCCAGCCCCCCCCCUGUUUUUGUUUUUUUUCUCUCUUCCUCUUAUGCUAAGCUUCAUGAAACUGCACGUGUUUAUGAUUUUUGUCAUUCCAAUGCUAACCUGAAAGAGGGAUGGCCAUCAACAGACUAGUUUUCAGAUGCCAGUGGUUUCUCAGGAAGUCUUUCAGCUUGCAAAAUGGCUGUACAUACAGUUUCUAGAUGACUUGCUCUAUUUGUAACAUUCACCUUGGGUGCAUGGAAGUCAGAGUCACUUCAUUCCUAUAUCCCCUAGUUUUUGUCUAACCUUGAGCACUCCAUCUCUUUUCUAAGGAGAUCCAGUAUUUUGAGCAGAGUAAUUUAUUAAAAUAUAUAUAUAUAUAUAUAUAUAUAUAUAUAUAUAUCCACUUUUUUUCUGACCUAGAGCUGGACCCCUGCCUGCUGCGAAAUGUUAAUUCUGGAUCUUGAUGACCACCAUUACGGAGAGCUUAGUUGUUUACUGCAUACUGUCUCUGUUUUAUGGGCUGAUUACAGCUAUCACUUUAUUAAACUGGCACAUCACCCUAGCGUGAUAACUCCCUGCCAGUGUGUUAUCUUUUUCC